AUGUCAUUAUUUGAACAACAAGACGAAUUAGCAAGAGAAUCAAAUAAAUUCUGGAUGAAUACAAGCUAUUUUCCAGAGUCAGCCAUUAUAUUCAGAGAUCAAAUAUAUGAAAAGCCCAAAAAUAAAGAAAAAAAGCUUAUUGAAGCUAUACUCACCAAAGACUCUAUUGUUAAAAUAAGCAAAAAUUGUGUCUUUAAAAUGGCCUCAAUUCAUUGGAAAUUAGUCACUCCAUUUAUAGAAGAGCAAAAUGGCGAGACUUUUUAUGGUUUUACUCUAGGGCAUGAAAAUUGUAACCGUGAUUUUUAUGUUAAUAAUGAAAAUUCAUUAAACGAUUGGAUCAACCAUCUACAACAAUUCUGUAUCAUGACAGAUUUUGAUAAUGAUUUUGUCAUUAUUAAAGAGCUAGGAGAAGGGAGCUUUUCCAAAGUUUACCUUGCAGCAAACUGUUUGACAAAAACGAUAUAUGCUGUCAAAGCAAUAAGUAAAGAGACACUUUUUGAGAAUUCUGUCAAUUUUGUUAACCAAAUUAAUGAAAUUGCCUUAUUAAGAAAAGUGAAUCAUCCGAAUAUUAUUAAGCUUCAUAUGGUAUAUGAGAACGAAGAUUAUAUAUACUUGGUUUUAGACUAUGCUGAAGGUGGGGAUCUCUACCAAAGAAUGCUCACUCCCCAUCCCCCCUUUAAAUUGGAACAAAAAUCUGUUCCAAAUUAAAGAGGGUUUAAGAUUAUUAAUCCUUGUUUAAAAGACAGCCGGUGAUUUCCAAUUUAUAGAGGGUAUAAUUUUUUUGAGAAAUAAUUAAUAUAUAAUUAUCAUAAUAAAAAUAAGCAAUCUAAUAUUAUUGAAUUUUAGUUGAUUUUUAUAAAGAAUUUUCUUCCAAAAAGUUAAUCUAUUGAGAGUGCCAACUGUUUAAAUAGCAUUCUAUUUUAAAUCCUUCAUUAAAUAGGGCCAAAGCUAUUUAUAUAAAAUUAGUAUUACAUCUUCGAAAAAAAAUAAAAAUCUACUCCAAUUUAACAAAAAAUAGCAAUUACCGAUAUUUGUUCGAAUUUAAAGGGGGGAGUUAAGAAAAAUACGCUUUCUGAAGCAGAGGCGUCGAUAAUUGGGGUUAAGAUGCUCGAUAUUUUAGAAUAUUUAGAGUCAAUGCAUAUUGUGCACAGAGAUAUUAAGUUAGAAAACAUUCUGUUGACAUCAAAAGAUAGAAUAGAUAACUUUAUACUUGCUGAUUUUGGGUUGGCAGAAGAACUAAAGGAAGAAUCAACAAAAAAGUGUGGCUCGCCAGGCUAUGUAGCUCCUGAAAUAUUAAGAAAUCAUUCUUACAGCUGUAAAGUUGAUUUAUACAGCACUGGAAUUGUUCUGUAUAUUCUUAUUUCAGGAAAAAUGCCUUUCUCUGGGAGAAAUGCUAAAGAAACACUCAUAAAAAACAAAGAAGGGGUAAUUAGUUUUCACAACCAAAUUUGGAAAAAUAAAUCUAAAAAUGCAAUUGAUGCGGUUAUCAAGCUUACUGAAAAGGAACCAGAAUUUAGACCAAGUCCUAGAGAAGCCUUCGCUCUUCCUUUUUUUAAUAGUGGGGCUAUAAAUAGCACAUCAUUGCUAAAAUUAGACAGCCUUAAAAAGAAUUUAGACACCAGCCGAGCUAAAAACGAGCCUUUUGAAUUAUUACUAAGGAAUGGCCAAAAAAGUAAGUGCAAUGAUAAAUAA